AUGGAUCUGAGAAACCACACCUCCGUCACCGAAUUCAUCCUCCUGGGAUUCUCAAACCAUCCUGAUUUGCAAAUAUUCUUCUUCUUAGUGUUCUCCAUCAUUUACAUGGUGACCUUGAUGGGAAACCUGACCAUCAUUUUGGUCAUUGUCUCUGACGUCCGUCUCCACACACCCAUGUACUUCCUCCUUGGAAACCUCUUCUUUAUCGACCUUUGCUCCAUGACAGCUACUGUUCCCCAAAUGCUGGCAAACUUCCUCCGGGACUCCAAGACCAUCUCCUACGCUGGGUGCAUAGUCCAGAUCUUCUCCCUCGUUUCCUGUGUCGGGGCAGAGUGCAUCCUCCUUGCCGCCAUGGCUUAUGACCGAUAUGUAGCUAUCUGCCACCCGCUAUUGUACACAGUCAUUAUGAACAGGAAAGUCUGCUUCCAGAUGGUGGCUAGCUCGUGGACUGCAGGCUUCUUAAACGCCCUCAUGCACACUGUCCUGACAUCUACUUUGUCCUUCUGUGGGCCUAGGGGCAUCCGCAAUUUCAUGUGUGAUGUCCCCCCGCUCUUGGAGUUGUCCUGCACGGACACAGCCCUCGACAAUAUUGUGCUCCACACAGCCAGUGUGUUCAUCGGGAUCAGCCCGUGCUUCUUCAUUGUCAUCUCUUACGUCUUCAUCGCUUUAGCCAUCCUCCGGAUGCAUUCGGCUGAGGGCAGGGACAAGGCUUUCUCCACUUGCACCUCCCACCUCGCAGUGGUCAUCACGUUCUUCGGAACGGCUCUGUUUAAUUAUAACCGGCCCAGCACGGGCUACUCAUUAGAUGUGGACACCCUGGUCUCAACCCUGUAUUGUAUCAUAACCCCCAUGUUAAACCCAAUCAUAUACAGCCUACGGAACCAGGAAGUGAAGCUGGCAUUGAGAAAACUAGCAAGUGGAAAGCAGACUGUCUUCUAA